GGCGUUCGGGGCCGAGGUCGACGCCAGCGGGUCUUCGCAACCACUCCCAGACCUACCGCUAAGUAUGACCUCGCCAAUCGGGCAGAAGCCGAGUGAUGUGGAAGCAGUACCGAUGACGUACAAGGAUGGGAUGUGUUCCAAGUACAAGGUUUUCUGGGAGGCGGCCAUGAAGAAAGAGAUAGAUGGCCACGACAAGACUGGAACCUUUACCAAGGUCAAGGAGCUGCCCGAGGGGCGGAAGGCCAUAGGUUUAAAGUGGGUGUUCUCUUGGAAGACGAAUGAGAAGGGCCUGAUAGUCGACAACAAGGCCCGUAUGGUUGCGCGGGUUUUCUCUCAAAUCCCCGGCAUCGACUUCCACCACUCAUCCUCAGCGUGCCCGUCUGCAGCGUCUAUCAAGACGGUGAUUGCCGUAGCCACUGAAAAGGGCAAGAAACUCGCUCACUGGGAUGUGAAGCAAGCCUACAUCCACGCUAUGCUAAAAGAAGAAACAUACCUCAGGUUCCCGGAAGGCUGUGGUAGCAUAUCCGGCAAGGUGGUCAAGGUUGAGCGUGCCCUGUAUGGCCUAAAGCAGAGUGGCCGUGAGUGGGGGUUUGAAGCUGCCGAUGCCCUCAUCGAGAGUGAAUACGAGCAGUGCAGGGUUGACCCGUGUGUCUUCCGGAAGGUGGUGGAUGGAGAGGUCGUAGGUCUCAUCGUGAUCUACGUUGAUGACAUCUUAGUGGCGGCAGACGAGGGAGAGCGAGAGGAGUUGUUCGCUUCCCUCAACAAGAAGUUUCCGGUGAAAGAUCUGGGGGAGUGUACCUGGUACGACGGGUGUGCUAUCGCCAUGGAUGUAGAAAAUGGCAUCACCAAGCUGUCCCAGACAGCAUACAUUGAGAGUAUGCUGAAGCGGUUUGAUGUGACCACGACCGCUUUCACCCCUGCUGCCACCGAUGCCGACCUGGGGCCGACGAGAGAUGACAAGCCCGCGGUGGAUAAGCCUGUUAGGGAGGCGAUCGGAUGCCUGAUGUGGACGAAGCUGACAAGGCCAGACAUCGCCCUGCCUCUGAACAAGCUCCAUAAGAUCGCCCACUCACCCACCUGGAGGAAAUGGAACGCGCUUGUGCGGAUCAUGUCCUACCUGAACUUCACGAAGGACUUCGGCAUCACCUUCGUACGGGGGUCAGGACUAGACCUAAGCGUGUUUGCCGAAGUAGACAGGCGUUCUACAGCCGGGCUAGCCGUGACCGUAGGUGGUACCGUAGUGUGUGCAUCCACCAAGACUCAGCCAGUGACGGCUCAGUCGACCUCGGAAGCAGAGUAUAUGGCAGCCGGGGAGGGCGUGAAGGAGGCGUUGUUUGUGCGUGGCGUUCUGUCGUUCAUAGCGCCCGAGACGAGUGGGGCGAAGAUCAAGGUCCUUGAGGACAACAAGGGGGCUCUCGCCUUAAUCGAGAACCCGUUCAGCUCAGCGAGGAGCAAGCACAUCGACGUGCGGUUCCAUUUCAUUCGCGAGCUAUUCAAGUCGGGCAAGAUCACUGCAGAGUAUGUUCCGACUGGAGAGCAGCACGCCGACAUGCUGACCAAGGUCCUUGGCAGAGAGCAGUUAGAGUACCACCGGAAGGCUCGGAUGAACCUACCGAUGAAGUGUUCUCUUGUUCUGUUUGGAAGCGUUGUGCCGGCGCGUCACCCGCGGCUGGAGCCUAGAAACGCCGAGAGCGUUGCUUCGGGUGUGUAA